AUGCAUGCUCUCACAAUUGAUAAUCCCAUAGGAAUAACAGUUAGUCACGCCCACUGUAACUCUCACCUUCCACCACCACCACCUUCACCCACCGAUGCACCGCCACCUGCACCUCCUCCUCUGGCGGCCACCGCCCUCCUCCUCGUCCUCCUCCUAACGGCGUCGUCUCUCUCCGCUGGCAGCUCUCUCACCAACUGCAACCGAACCUUCAACUGUGGCCUGCUCGUAGAAGUCUUCUACCCCUUCACUGGCAGCGACCGGCCCGCCCACUGCGGCCAGCCAGAAUUCCUCCUCAGCUGCGACGGCUGCUACCCUGAGCUCACUGCCGACUCCCUCACUUACCACGUCCUCGCACUCGACCAAACUCGUCAAUCGCUCACUCUCUUGAGAACCGAUCUUUACAACACCAUCGCCCGCUUGCAGCAAUACGCCAAUACCACUCUCAACUCCACCAUCUUCACCUUCGCUAGCGACAACGACGGGCUCACCUUGUUUUGUAAGUGUUCGAACUCGACGAACGUCAAUCCCGAUAAUCUGUUCAGUUGCGAGAUCAAUGGGACCGAGACGGACAACUAUCACUUGAUCGGCGCUGUCCCCACUGACCCGAUUCUUAACGGAAGCGGGUGUAAUGUGAGCGUCACGGUCCCAAUCCUGCGGCCCGCGGUGACCAUGCUCACCGCAUACGGGUCGACGCUCAGAGAGGCUCUGAUGGGGGGUUUCGAGGUGAAUUACACGAAUCCGUACGAGGAUAAGUGCGUGAUGUGUGGUGGGAUUGGCGGGGAGCGUGGGUUCGACUUGAUCAGGGAAGCCCAUUUGUAUUUGUGCUGA